GAGCUAUUAUGGUUCUCUAUUAGAGACUGCUCCCGAUAAAUAAUCGUCGUGUACCAAAUGUAUUGUUAUGCAAUUCAGUGAAUCUGUAAUGUCGUAUUAUGAAUUCGAUGUCGUAUGCCGUAUGCAUGAAAUAUGAGGUCCACUGCUCCACUCCUUUGAGUUUCUUCUUAGUCAUCAGAAAGGAAAGAGAUGAGUUCAGUGGCGAUGGCGAACUCUCCGAGCGCCGUCCACAACGUGUUUGUCUACGGCAGCCUGAUGGCCGAGGACGUCUGUCGAGUCCUCUUAAAUCGAGUCCCUCAAUCCUCUACUGCUACCCUCAAUGGCUAUCAUAGGUACAGCAUCAAAGGACGUGUUUAUCCGGCGAUUCUCCCCGUCGAGAAUAAAAAAGUUACCGGAAAGGUGUUGUUAGGCAUCACAGAUCCUGAAUUACAUAUUUUGGAUGAAUUUGAGGAUGUUGAGUAUCAGAGGGGCACUGUUGAGGUCUCUUUGAUGGAUAGUUCUGAGAACUUAAGAGUUCAUACUUAUGUUUGGAGUGACAAAAAUGACCCAAACUUGUAUGGAGAAUGGGAUUUUGAGGUAUGGAAACAAAGGCACAUGGAAGAUUUUAUCAAGAUGACUUCUGGUUUCAUGGAAGAGCUGGAGCAACCCGAAUCAAAGCCUAGAGUUGCAACAUAUGAAUCCUUUUAUCAGCAGGAUGGCUAGAAAUCCUCCAAUGUCAUGAUUUUAUACUCAAUUUGAAGAUUCUGAUCAAUUUAAACUUCUAUUAUAUUCUAUCAUCAAUAUAAUGGGUAUUUUAAAUUAGAUUUCCUUUUGUUA